AAAUUAGGGAGGGCAAUAAAGGACAAUAUUUGUAGACUCGAUCGGAGACAAAACAAUUCGCGAAGCAACACCUCUGUGGAACCAUCUUCCUCGUACACGUACGUACUUGUCUAGUGACCAGUGAGUGAGUGAUGACAACUAUGGCUGCUGUAACUGGAAGAAAAUUACUUUCCUUUACUCGUUCAACUCCAACCCCUUUUCUCAAUUUCAAUCAAAAUCUAAACUUUCUCUAUAUUCUCUCUUCUCAUCCUCGUUUCUCUACUACUACUACUACUUCUUCUUCCGAUAGUUUUGGAGCUUUCAGUGAUGGUAAAUUUAAGAAAUGGCAAAAUGGGGGUGGCAUUUUUCAUGAAUCAGCUUGUAUUGACUCAACAGCGUUUCUAGAUGUUGGUGCUAUUGUUCAUUCUCAAUCUGUUGUUGCUUCAAAUGUUCGUAUUGGUUCUGGAACUGUUGUUGGUCCUUCUGUUUCUAUUGCUCAUUCAACACAAAUUGGGUUUAAUGUCUCACUUAGUAAUUGCAGUAUAGGUGAUUCAUGUGUAAUUCACAACGGAGUCUGCAUUGGUCAAGAUGGGUUUGGAUUUUAUGUGGAUGGUGAUGGUAAUAUGGUAAAGAAGCCUCAGACAUUGAAUGUAAUAAUAGGGAACAAUGUGGAAAUUGGUGCAAAUACAUGCAUUGACAGGGGCAGCUGGAGAGAUACAUUUAUUGGGGACAACUCGAAGAUAGAUAAUUUAGUUCAGAUUGGCCAUAAUGUAGUUAUUGGGAAGAAUUGUAUGCUUUGUGGACAAGUUGGUAUUGCAGGCUCAGCAACCAUAGGAGACUAUGUGACAAUGGGAGGAAGGGUAGCAGUGCGAGAUCAUGUAUCGAUUGCAUCAAAGGUUCGGCUUGCCGCGUUAAGUUGUGUAACCAAGAACAUCACAGAACCUGGGGACUAUGGUGGCUUUCCAGCUGUUUCUAUUCACAAAUGGCGGAGGCAAGUUGCCAGUGGUUUUGUAGUUAGGGGAGUGUAGUUGCUCGAGUCACAAAAUCAAUAUGUAGUGAGCUCAGUUUUUUAUACUAAAUCUUAGGUUUGUUAAGCAUGCCUUUACUUUGCAAGUUCAAAAUGUGUCUUAGAUAAUGAAUUAUGUGUUCCAUACGAUUUACGCCUGAUAUGUGCAACAUAAUUUCUUAUAUAUGGAAGAAAUUUUCUUUAACAGCAUAAAUCCAAAAUCUCUAA